CCAUGGCAGAGACCGCUCCCGCGCCAGCCCCCGCUCCGGCGAAAGCCAAGGCCCCCAAGAAGAAGGCGGCCGCCAAAAAGAACGCGGGCCCCAGCCUCCAGAAGCUCAUCACCGGCGAGAUCGCCGCGUCCAAGGAGCGCAAAGGCGUCUCCGUGGCCGCGCUGAAGAAGGCGCUGGCCGCGAAGGGCGUCGAUGUGACCAAGGCCAACAAGCGCAUCAACACCGCCCUGAAGAAGCUGGUGACAUCAGGCGCCGUGAGCCAGACCAAGGGCACGGGCGCCUCCGGCUCCUUCAAACUGGCCAAGACCGAGGCCAAGCCCAAGACCGUGAAGAAGAAGGCCGCCGCGAAACCCAAGAAGCCCGCGGCAAAGAAAGCAGCCAGCCCCAAGAAGAAGGCGGCUGUCAAGAAGCCCGCGGCCAAGAAGCCCAAGUCCCCGGCCAAGAAGGCGGCCAAGAAGGCAGCGCCCAAAAAAGCAGCGGCCAAGAAGCCCGCCAAGAGCCCUAAGAAAGCGGCGCCCAAGAAGCCUAAGGCCGUGAAGAAGACCCCGAAGAAGGCUCCCGCGAAGAAGGCCGCCCCCAAGAAGGCCAAGAAGUAAAGUCACACCCGACUCCAGCCACACAAAGGCUCUUUUAAGAGCCACCACCCCUCACU